GGAAGAGAGCUUCUCGAAAAAGCGGAACGAGUUUCUUCUUCUUCGUCUUCUCUCUUUACCAGAAAUCGAAAACAGAGGAAAGGCCCAGAGCUGUAACGAUCACAUCGGCGAGAGCAGUCGAUGAAGGUAUCCGCCAUGUUCUCUCUCUACUCCUCCUCCACCGUCAAGUAUGUCUCUCACCCAUUGUCAGCUCUCCCUCCCUUCCGCUCUCCCCUCCGACCCAAAUCGGGGGAUUUGGUUUUUUUCCCGAGAAAAUCGCCGUUCCCGGGAAAACCUUUCGGUGUUGUUGGAAAGAGGAGCUUUAGCGUCGUUUCCUCAUCUGCGUCGGGAAGUGGACGCCGCCAAUCCGCUUCUCAGGGAGCUGAAUCGUUUCUCAGGAAAGUCUUGGAGAAUAUGGAGUGCGUGUACUUGAACAGGAACCCCACUGCCAAAGCCAUCCUGGAGCUCGUUCGGUCGGCCGACGAAGAUCAAAUAUGUUAUGAUCAUCUCGCAUUUAGGACUUUCGGGGUAAAUGGUUACGGGAUUGACUCGAUCGCGGACUUUUUCCUGGAUUAUGGUUACACCCAGCAAGAGGAGUUGAGGUUUCCUGCAAAAAAGUUGAGAGCCUUGUGGUAUUCGCCUCCAAAAGACUCCCUUUUGGAGGGUGGGACUGGUGUAAAUGGGCCUCUACCCAGGAUUUUUAUAUCUGAACUUCUCGUUGAUGAGAUGACCCCACAAACACAGGAAAUAGUUAGGAAAUAUGUUGGGAUCUCCGGCAAUGGUAAUAAGCAUGUUGCUCUGGCAAGCGCAUUGGGAGCGCUGACUUGGGAGAAGCCUCUGUACUCCGAAUUUCAACAAUUAGCGAGGGAAAGCGAGUAUGCUGCCUGGACCCUUGUCAAUGGAUAUGCAGUGAACCAUGUCACUAUUUCGACUCACCGGCUAAAAUCACACCUGAGGAAUAUCAAAAGCUUAAACGAAUUCAUUGAAAAGAACGGAUUCAGCUUGAACUCAGAAGGAGGGAUCUUAAAAGUUAGCCCCGACGGUAUGCUGCUCCAAAGCUCAACUGUGGCAGAUUCAAUUCUUUUCCAGUUUUCAGAGGGGGUCAAAGAAUCAGUACCCUGUUCAUAUAUCGAGUUCGCCGAACGCCUUGUACUGCCUCAGUUUCAGAGUCUACCGGAGAAAGAGGUCAAAGAGUUCCACAGGCGAGACGGUUUUGAGGUCGGGAAUGCCGACAAGAUCUUCGAGAGCACCUCGAAGGAGCAGCUCACUAGGAGAGCUGCAUGAGCAUGGAGGUCAAAGAGAGAACAAGUAAACACCUGAUGAAGGGUUUGGACAUUAGCUUGUCAUAUGGAAUAAGCAUGGAUGGGUCCGUAUUAGGUGUCAAUAUGUGCAAUAAAAUACUCAUUUGGUGUGUCGGGAAGGAACUGAUAUUGGCUUGAUUUGAAAGCAAAAUGGUUCCUUUCAGA